AUGGCUCGGGCUGCCCAGGGGGCGGGGCUUGCGCUUUAUACAGGCGCCCAUGGGCCGAGGGAUAGCCGACCCCAGAACGCGUCGCGGCAAACGAUCGCUGCGACUCGGGAUACUUUCGCGGAGCUUGUGAAGAAGGUGGGCUUCGACUCCCUGGCAGCGCGAGCUGCAGAGAUCGAUUCGGGUCCGGUCGGCGAGCGCUUGGUGGCGCUCGUUCACGUGCAGGACGAAGCGGCGAUGAAGGUCAAAUCAUUUAUUCCUUCUUCGCCCAAUCUCAGCCUCGGCAGGUAUUCCAACACAUAA